CACCAUUUAUUUAAAUUUGGUUACAUUUAGAAAAUAACUAAAUCACGAUUCAUUGAUAUACCAUUUGCUUUACAAUGUUACGGACAUAAAGUUUAGCAACCUUAUUAUUCUACAACUAGAUAGCACUUGAGCGCCCCAACCAGAUCAAAUGAAAGCUGCAAAUGUCGGAGCGUCACAUCAGUCCUUGAACGCAGCACCCGUGCGCUCUGGUGCAGCUUGACGCUCCCACAGCGGACAGAUGAGGUGGGAACACUGGGAGCGCUGCAGCAGGUUGGAGUAGUUUGUGCAAAUGGCCAUGACUGCUGAGUUCUCUUUAAGAGUGUGAAGGUGAGAAGAUCUGAGUCUGUGCAGGUUUACUCACCAAUUUUUGGUCAAGUGGAGCAUCCUAAAGUGUCCAGGUGACCGUCAAGAGUUUAGUUCUAUAAACGCAGCUUUUCCAACUCACUUUUAGCAGCUUGGAUGCUUGAGGACUCUGACACUCAGCUUAAACAGUCAGUUUGGAUCAAAUAGGAACAUUUAUUUUUCUCCACUAAAGCAUCACCACAGGGUUUACAAACUCCCAGAAGCUUCAGGAUGUUUUCCACAGCUCUCCUCCUCACAGCGCUCGGCGUUUUUACGCAUUUGGACACUUUUACGCACGGGUGCCAGCUUCCCUCCGAGUGGCGGCCGCUGAGCGAGGGCUGCCGGGCGGAGCUGGCGGAGAUCAUCGUGUACGCCCGCGUCCUGGCGAUCCACCGGGAGCCCCUGGGCGGCGGGGCGGGCAGCCUCUACAACUCGCUGCCCUUCGGGUUCGGGUAUGGGUACGAGGGCGCGGAGGAAGGGCUGCUGUACUCUGCUGAGGUGGAGUUGCUGUGCGACCAGGCCUGGGGCAGCAUGCUGGAGGUGCCGACUGGAUCAAGGCUCAACCUGACCGGGCUGGGAUACCUGUCCUGCCAGUCCCACACCGUGAUGGAGAACUACUCCUACUUCUUCUUCCUCAGGAUGGACGAGAACUACAACAUCCUCCCGCACGGCGUCAACUUCCAGGACGCCAUCUUUCCCGACACAUCCGAUAACAGACGCACCUUCUCCAGCCUCUUCCAGUUCUCCAACUGCACCCAAGGAAGCCAGCCUUUCCACACCUUCAGCCCUGAGUGGGACAUCCAGGAGGACAGCAGGCUGCUGUGUUCCUCGGUGCAGGCUGCACUGUUCGAGGAGGAGGAGCGAGGCCGCAAGAUGCAGGAGCGCCUGGCCGCUGCGGAGAGGAGGAACCGGCAGCUGAAGGAGCGCGUUCGGAAGGUGAAGCGCUCUCUGAGAAACGCCCGCAAGGCUGCGCGCAAGGCCGAGCAGGAGGCGCAGGAGCUGCGAGAGAAGCUGAAGGCUGCGGAGCGGAGGGCGGGGCAUCACCUCAAUGCCAUAACACAGGAGGAGCCUCCACCGGGGCGUUACGCAAGCACGACGAUACGCAAGAGAAUGCAGCUUUAACGAAUCCCACCUGCCCCAAUCUUCCACCCACCUGGACUGAAAACUGGCCGUGGAGAGCGAGAGACUGCUGGGCGGUCUCUAUGUAAGGGACAAACAAAUAGCAGCUGUCACAUAUGAGUAAACACACCUUAAAGUUAUAAUCUCCAUAACUUUCCUGUAAAUAAACUAGUCCUUCCUUUUGUA